CUCCGAUGCACAAAAAGUUUAAAUACAGCUCAUCUUCCCGUUACUUACGCAGCUAAUUAUUAGCCCAGUUCAUUUAUGUAGCCGCCGUAGACUCGACACUAAUAAAUAAAUACCCGAGACUUAAACACUACUAAUUUACGUCUUAAUUAAAUACUAUACGAUUAUUAUUAUUAUUAUACUAAUACUAAUGAAUUUAGAUAAACUUGUUGAGGAGUUGGGAUCGAUCAAACUAAAACGAAAAUGUCCGUUCCCCUCUCUAUUAUUUUCCCCACUCCCCCAUGCCUAUUUUACCGUUGCAGCGGAUACACGUGUCGGCCGGUAUGGCCACUUGUCCCUCUCACUCCUCACUUGGAUGCUUUUACCUCUUCCCCAUCCCCUCACCAACGCAGCAACGCUCUCCUCCCCUCCCCCAAAACUUCCACUCCACUUCACCUACCUUUCACCCCAAGUAUCCUCCCUCCCCCUUCAACCUCCGCCACUCUCUCUCUCUCUCUCUCUCUCUCUCUCCCUAACCAUCAUUAGAAUGUGAAGAAGAGAUGAACAAGCUAAGCUUAGCUUGAUCUCCCCAACAAAAAUGCAACAGCAGAAGCAGCAGAAGCAGAAGCAGAGGCAGCAGAAGCAAUUACUCGCCAAUAAUAAUAAGAAGAAGAAUAUAUCGCUUUUCUGCUUCUUCCUCGUCGUGCAAUCUUUUGUAUCCGGCAAGAGCGCGCGCGCGACGAAAUUCGACUUCGCGACAUUGACGCUGGGGAGCCUGAAACUCCUCGGCGACGCGCACCUGAGGAACGGCAGCAUCCGGCUCACGCGGGACCUCCCCGUGCCGACGUCGGGCGCGGGUCGCGCCCUCUUCGCGGAUCCGGUCCCGCUCCGCCACCCGUCUUCGGGGCAGCCCCUCCCCUUCUCCACCUCCUUCGCAUUCUCCGUCACCCUCCUCAACCCCUCCUCCGCCGGCGGCGGCCUCGCCUUCCUCCUCUCCCCCGACGACCACUCCCUCGGCGACUCCGGCCCCUUCCUCGGCCUCCUCAAUUCCUCCUCCUCCUCCGCCUCCUCCGCCUCGAUCGUCGCCGUCGAGUUCGAUACGUUGAUGGACGUCGAAUUCGACGACAUUAACGGCAACCACGUGGGCGUCGACGUCGGCAGCGUCGUCUCCGCCGCGGCGUCCGAUCUCGACCUCGCGGGCGUGGAUUUGAAGAGCGGCGAGCUCGUCAACGCGUGGGUCGACUUCACCGAGCUCGGCGCGCUCCGCGUCUUCGUCUCCUACGCCGCGCAGCGCCCCGCCGACCCCGUGCUCGAGUUCCCCGUCGAUCUCGCGCAGUUCCCCUACGACGCCGCGUUCGUGGGCUUCUCCGCGUCCACGCAGGGGAGCACCGAGAUCCACAGCAUCGAGUGGUGGAGCUUCGCCUCCUCCUCCCCCGACCCCGUCCCCGUCCCCUCCCCUGCUUCUACUCCGCCCCCCAACCCCAUCGUCGCCCCGUCCCCGCCCCAUUCGAUCGCCCCCGCCACCUCCUCCGCCGCAGCGGCUGAGAGCCCUGGCGACGCGAGCCACUAUCCGCCCCCGUCGUCGCCGUCGGCGUGCCAGAGCAAUGGGCUGUGCCGGCAGGGCCCCGCCGCCGUGGCCGGGGUGGCGACCGCGGGGGCGUUCGUGCUCGCCGCCUUCGCCGGGCUGGGCUUCUGGGUCUUCGCUCGAAGGUCGGCGAGGUCCUCCUCCUACUCCUCGCCCCGCACGUGGGGCGAGAUCGCCGCGGCGUCCGAGAUCGUGAAGGCCCCGAGGGAGUUCGCCUACCGCGAGCUCUGCGUCGCCACGAGGGACUUCGACCCCUCCCGGAUCAUCGGCCACGGCGCGUUCGGGACGGUGUACAAGGGGAUAAUCAUGGAGACGGGCGCCAUGGUGGCCGUGAAGCGGUGCAUCCGGAGCCACCGCGGCGGCGGCGCGGGGGCGGCGGAGGCGCGGGCGGAGUUCCUCUCGGAGCUCUCCAUCAUCGCGGGGCUCCGGCACCGGAACCUGGUGCGCCUCAUCGGGUGGUGCCACGAGAAGGGGGAGAUCCUGCUCGUCUACGACUACAUGCUCCACGGGAGCCUCGACAAGGCGCUGUUCGACCCGGGCGCCCCGCCGCUGCCGUGGCGCCACCGCAGGGAGAUCCUGGUCGGGGUGGCCUCGGCGCUCGCCUACCUCCACUGGGAGUGCGAGCGCCAGGUGAUCCACCGCGACGUCAAGUCCAGCAACGUCAUGCUCGGCGAGGGCUACCACGCGCGCCUCGGCGACUUCGGCCUCGCGCGCCAGGCCGAGCACGGCGGCGGCCCCGCCUCCUCCCCCGGCGCCGGCGCCGCCGCCGCCGCGGGCACCAUGGGCUACCUCGCCCCCGAGUACCUCCUCACGGGCCGCGCCACCGCCGAGGCCGACGUGUUCUCCUUCGGCGCCCUCGUCCUCGAGGUCGCCUGCGGCCGCCGCCCCAUCGACGGCGUCGGCGCCGGCGUCCCCGGCCCCGGCGCCGGCGCGCGGCGGCUGAGCAACCUGGUGGAGUGGGUGUGGGGGCUUCACGGGGAGGGGAGGAUUCUGGAAGCAGUGGACGUGAGGAUGGAGGGUGGUGGGGAGUACGAGGAGGGGGAGAUGAGGCGGGUGUUGUUGGUGGGGUUGGCGUGCUCGAGCCCCGACCCGGCUAUGAGGCCCGGAAUGAGGAGUGUGGUGCAGAUGCUGAGCGGCGAAUCCGAGCCGCCAUUCGUGCCGGAGACGAAGCCGUCGACGAGCUUCAUCAGCGCCAACCACCACCUCCUCCUCAGCCUCCAGGAUAGCGUGUCGGAUUACAACGCCAUCGGCCUCAACCUAUCCGGCUCUUCCGCCUCGUCUUCCUCUUCUCUUACCAGCACUCUUGGCGGCGGCGGCGGCGGCGGCGGUGGCGGCGGCGGGGGAUGGACUCUUUCCUAGACAUUUUUGGCCGAUUCUUAAAUCUCUUUUUUGGUAAUUAAUUAAGUAACAUUAGAUAUGUAUACAUACAUUACUAUUACUAUUACUAUUACUAUUAUUUUCUUUUGCUGUGAUGCAGGUAAUAUCUGUUUUGUGCAUUGAGUAAAUUGAUUCAUUCUAAUUUUUUACCAAUCUAAAACUGCAAAAGCAGAUGUAUAAAGGAUUUUCUUUCCUUUUCAUUUCUUUCCUGUUCUGUUCUGUUCUGUUCAUUUGAGAGUUUAAGGCUAUAGACUUUCUAAGUUAUUAUCUUUUGCUCUUCCAGUAGGUUAAGUUCGGGAAUUAGAUCUACGAGAUGGAGAUGAAUUUGAGUAUAACUAUAGUUUUUUUGUUAUUAAUAUUACUUUCAAGUUUAUAGGAUAAUUUUUGGUGGAAAAGAAGGCUUUUUUUUGUUGCUACUUUUCCUGUACAAUCAUCAGUUGGCGAGACUAUAGACUUGUGCUCCCUUUCCUUUUCUUGUUAUUAUUUAUAUAAAUUUGUUGCAUCUUGUGUUCC